ACAGUAUUUUUCGUCUUAGAUCUUAGGUAUUGCUCAGUUGCCAAGACGCUGCCACUUUGUUGUGCACUCGACAAUUUUCCAAAUUCGCACUUAAGGAGCAUUUCAAAAGGGAAAUAAGAUGUUGACGCAAUCAAUUCUAUCCGGCGUCCGUGUGCUGAGGACGGAGAUGCGUCGCAAUAUUGCCAUUGCUGCACCCGCUCUCAACAAGGCCUCCGAUCCCAUCCAGCAGCUGUUCCUGGACAAGGUUCGCGAAUAUAAGCAGAAGAGCGCCGGUGGCAAAAUGGUCGAUUCGAAUCCGGAAAUCGAGCGCGAGUUGAAGAACGAGCUGGAGCGGGUUGCCAAGCAAUAUGGCAGCGAUGGCAAAACCGAUAUGCUUAAAUUUCCCGAAUUUAAGUUUCCCGAUGUCAAAAUCGAUCCAAUUUCACAAGGCGCUAACUAGAUAACAUUUUCCUGUACACAUGAUGUCGUUAAAUUGUUUUAAGUUAUUUCCAAUCAGAAAGCUGCUUGCCUGAACUCGAAUCAACCAGGCGACUUUAAAACCACAACAAAUAAAUCUUAAAAACCGUAAUUGGUGUGAAA